AUGUGCCGGCGGUGCCGCCGGAUGCCCGGAUGCGAUCCCACUACUGUCACUGGUUCCCUCACCCUACUGGCCGGUGUCCCCGCCCGCUCAUGGCCCUCGGCGUCUCCGCGGUGCCUUGGCUCUCAGUACCCUCUCUGCCAGAUGCUAACGGCGUGCCGUCGUGCCAAUGCUGCCGUGGACACGGCAAGUGCUCGGCAACAUCCUGUUUCUGCAGAGCUGCGACUUCACGAGGGAUGGGAGUUUCUUUUAGGGCAGCGCCAUGAGCAGGUUGGAAUUGGCGCAGUUACUAUGCAGGCUCCAAUGGAGAUGCUAUCUGAUCACCACUGCAAGGACAAGUUCCUUGUGCAAAGUGUUGUAGUGAGAGAUGGGGCGACGAUGAAAGACUUCCUGCCCGAACUGUUCGUUAAAGCACCAGGUAGGGUGAUUGGGGAGUUCAAGCUGCGCGUGGUGUACAUUGCUGCUAAUCCUCCAUCACCGGUUCCAGAGGAAGAAGAAGAAGAGGAUUCAUCCCCUCGGUCAGAGGUGAUAGGCUGUGAAGAGAAAAGAUCACUUGUAUUUAAUGCUACACCUACUUAUAUACGGGCAUCUGGAGAAGAACCUUCAUGUGCUGAGGUUACCCCUGUAAAAUCAAGGAUGGAUGAAGAGAAGGAAUGUGCAAUUGCAGUAGAAGAAAAACUGAAGCUUCAAUACAAAAUGGAACUGCUUGAAGAAACAAGAUCAUCUCAACAACAAGAAGGAUUCUCACUGAUGUUUGUAGUGUUAGUCUUCAUGUCAUCUGUGUUCAUUGGACACUUGAUGAAUGACAUCAAGGUUUAG